AUAGAUAUGGCAGAGAAAGGUAAAGGUAAGACAGAAUGGGAUGACAUUCAGAUUAGAUUGGGUAAUAUGGAGGCACCACCAAAGGAGUUGACAGAGGAUGAACUAUUCGAUCUGAUUCAAGAGGCUGCUGUAUAUGCUCAUCAAAAGGAGAAGGAGGAUAAAUUGAACAAUGCUUCAUUGGAGGAUCUACAUGAAAUGGAGGAUGAUGAAGAUGAGACUGUAUUGGAGAGAUUGAGACAAAAGAGGAUUGCACAGAUGAAGGCUGAUGCUGUAAAGAACAAGUUUGGAGAGUUCUAUGAGAUCACUGAACCUGCAUACAAGAGUGAGGUCACUGAGGCAAAGGAUUACUUUGUUGUUGUACAUCUUCACAAGAAUGGUAUUCCACAAUGUCAAUUAGUAAAUGAUCAUUUGAAGGUAUUGGCCAAGAAACAUCGUGCUACCAAGUUUGUUGGCAUUAGAUCAGAGGAAGCGAUACAUAACUAUCCUGACAGGAACUUGCCAACUAUAUUGGUCUACUAUAACUCUAAUAUCGUCAGUCAGAUGGUAACAUUGGCCAAGAUGUACGGUGAUCAGGUUACCUCUAAGGACUUGGAAUGGUGGCUGGCAAAGUGUGGCGCUGUCAAGACCGACAUGGAGCAAGACCCCAGAAGUGCCAAGAAACAAACCUUCACAUCCACCACCGGAUCAAUCUUCAACACUGGAAGACCAAGAAUCGAGGACUCUGAUGAAGAGGAUGACUCU